AAACUGUAACGUCUUCCAGCCAAAACCCUCUUCCCCCUGCCUUUCCCCCCCUCUCAAGCCCUAAAACCUCUAUUUUUUUUUUUUUAAUCUCUUGACGGAGCAAUUCCAUGCUCACUCGACUUCGCCCAUGGAGACCCCUCAGGCUUUGGCUCAGUCUCUGGCUUCCUUACAAACCCCUAAUUCCUAUUUCUCUCUUCUUUACUAAGCCCUCCGUAUCCGCCCUAACUAUUGCCACCGCCGCCGAACCCGCCGCCGGAAACCACCCCUCUGCGGGUACUUACUUCGAUCCCAUAGACCCAGUUCGCGAAAUCCUCUCAGGCUUGAAAGGCAAAGACUUUUUUGUUAACCGUUGUUUACUCAACCUUAUUCCCACGCUGUCCUCGCUUCAGGUUGACGAGAUUAUUGACAAUUUGGGAGGCCAACACCCUGAAUCUGCCAUUGAAUUCUUCUAUUUUCUGAAAAACGGGUAUGGGUUUCGGCACUCGAGGGCUUCCCAGUUCGUUAUUGCCCAUUUGCUGGCAAGGAAAGGGCGCCCCAAGGAGUUGAGUUCGCUUUUACAGCAAAUGCUGCAGGAAGAAGGCUCCAAUUCUGCACCUUCACUUUCUGAGCUGCUCUGGAAUAGAUUCAGGGCCUGGGACUCGAAUGGCUUGGUAUGGGACAUGCUGGCUUUUGCUUAUUCAAGGGCUGAGAUGGUGCAUGAUGCUCUCUUUGUUCUUGCUAGGAUGAAAGACUUGGGGAUGCAAGCUUCUAUCCUAACCUACAAUAGUUUAUUGUAUAACUUGAGGCACACUGAUGUCAUGUGGGAUGUAUAUAAUGAAAUCAAAGUUACUGGGAUUCCUCAGAAUGAAUACACUAAUUCUAUUCUCAUAGAUGGUCUAUGCAGACAGUCCUUGUUACAAGAAGCAGCGGCCUUGGUCCAAGAGAACGAAGGGAAGGGGUAUACUCCCUGCGUCACUUCAUUCAAUACCCUUAUGUCAGGGUUCUGCAAGAUGGGUUAUGUAGGCGUAGCAAAAUCAUUAUUUUGUGUGAUGUUUAAAUGCGGACUGCUUCCUGAUGCUUACAGUUAUAAUAUCCUUAUUCAUGGGUUGUGUGUGGCUGGAUACAUGGAAGAAGCACUGGAAUUCACGGAGGACAUGGAGAAGCAUGGUGUAGAGCCUAAUUUAGUAACCUACAACAUUCUUGCUAAAGGCUUUUGUCUACUUGGCAUGGUGAGUGGGGCUUGGAAGAUAAUUCAUCACAUGCUGCUUAAAGGUUUGAAUCCACAUACUGUCAUGCAUACAAUACUUAUCUGUGGGCAUUGCCGGACAGGUAAUCUUGAGGCAGCUCUUAAAUUGAGGGAAGAGAUGCUUUCACAAGGCUUUCAAUUGAAUGAUAUCUCCUAUAAUUUACUACUUAGCAGCUUAUGCAAGAGCGGUUCUGUUACAAAAGCACUUAGCUUACUUCAUGAGAUGGAGUCAACUGGCUUAAAACCUGAUCUAGUCACAUAUUCCAUCCUCAUUCAUGGUCUCUGUAAACAGGGAGAUGUACAAAAGGCUAUUCAAUUAUAUAACAAAAUGUUCUUAAGAAGAAUAUUCCCCAAUCUUUUUACACACAGUGCUAUUUUGCUGGGCUUGUCUAGGAAAGGGUCACUAUCAGAGGCAAGAACUUUUUUUGAUGAUUUGACAAAGAGUGACUUGAUGAAUGGCGUCAUUUUGUACAAUAUCAUGAUAUAUGGUUAUGCAAAACUUGGUAAAAUUGAAGAGGCUGUGCAGCUAUUUGAACAGAUAAUUGAAAGAGGGAUUGUACCAAGUAUAGUCACUUUCAAUUCUCUUAUUUAUGGAUUCUUCAAACGAAGAAAACUAGUUGAUGCUAAAACAUGGUUAGAUGCCAUUAAGAAACAUGGAUUGGAGCCAACUGCAGUAACAUUUACCACUCUUAUGAAUGCAUUAUGUGAGGAGGGCAACAUAUAUGGUAUGUUUGAAAUUCUAAGUGAGAUGGAAGCUCAAGCUGUAGAACCUACAAAUGUCACAUACACAGUGAUUAUAAAAGGUCUCUGUAGGAAACAGAGGCUGCAAGAAUCUCUUCAGAUACUUGAGAUUAUGUAUGCAAGGGGUAUCUCCCCAGAUGAAAUUACAUUCAAUACUCUAAUCCACUGUUCCUGCAAAAAUCAUGAUAUGACAAAAGCCUUUAAGUUGCACAAUGAGAUGUUACUACAUAAUCUUCAGCCUACUCCUGUCACAUAUAAUGUUCUCAUCAAUGGACUUUGUUUACAUGGAGACCUAAAGGAAGCUGAUAGACUGUUCUCCUCUCUUCAGGAUCAAAAUAUCAUAUUGACAAAAGUUGCAUAUACCACAUUGAUCAAAGCACAUUGUGCAAAGGGUGAUGUCUUUAAGGCAGGUGUGCUAUUCUGCCAAAUGGUAGAGAAGGGGUAUGAAAUCUCCAUAACAGAUUAUAGUGCCGUGAUUAAUAGAUUGUGCAAAAAAAAUCUUACAGCCAAUGCUAAAGUUUUUCUCCAAAUGAUGUUAUCCAAUGGAAUCUCCCCAGAUCAAGAAAUUUGUGAUGUGAUGCUAGAUGCUUUUGGUCGAGUUGGUGAUCUCAAUUCACAAUUUGAACUGCUUGCUGAGAUGUUCAAAUGUGGCCUACUUCCUGAUUAAAUCCAUGAGAAAGCUAAGAUUAUUAUGGUUUUUACACUCGAAAAGAUAAGUCCAGUUGAUGAUCUGGAAGUUAAACGCAGAAGGUACCAUGGACACCCGGGCCUCUGAAAGCAAGUUUAUAGUCACAAUUAGUUAACCACAAGGCCACUGGUUGAACGGAAAUUUGCAGGAAGCAAGCCUUUCAAUUAACUAGAGAUGUCGGCCACCAUUGGCGAAGUUAGUUCCCAUGACACAAGAGAAACACUAGCACCCUUGUUGCUUCAAUUGUCAGGAGAAUUGCAACAAAUCAAUGUUGCAUACCGAUUGGAUGGGAAGAAUGAUCUCAAAUGGUCCAGUUGAUUCGAACCAUUUUGAAAGAGAAAGGGAAGAUUGGUCAUAUCAUAGGGACCGAACCAAAGAAGGAAGAUCUAGCCUAUGCAGCAUGGGAUGAAGAAGAUUCCAUGAUAAUUGCAUGGCUUUGGAGUUCCAUGGCACCCGAAAUCAGUGACACCUGCAUGUUUUAUCAACAACCAAGGAGGUUUGGGAGUCUAUCCAACAAGCCUCCUCGAAGGUUAAAGAUGCAGUCCAAAUCCAUGAAUUGAAGAUCAAAAUAGCUUUAGCAAAGCAAGGGAAGAAAACUGUCACCGAGUAUACUAAUUUCCUAAAGGGACUCUAGCAAGAAAUGGAUUGCUAUCGGGUCAUUGAGAUGAAGAACAAUGAUGAUGCAGCCACUUUGAAAGCUUUCAUAGAAAAAGAUCGCACCUAUAACUUCCUUGCAAGUUUAAUGUGGAGUAUGAUCAAGUGAGGGUUCAAAUCCUAGGCAAAGAUGGCUUUCCUUUACUUAAUAAAGUGAUUUCAACUAUCCUAGCGAAGGAAAGCAAGCAAGGUGUAGUGUUGGAACCUAAAACAGUUGAGGCCUCAACAAUGGUGGCAAAUGAAGGAAAUCGUGGAUUUAAGAAGGACCAACCGAUUGGAGAGAAUGGAAAAACAAUUCCCAAAUCCACAUGCUGUAACAAUUGUGAUAACCUGUGGUGUACUUUAUGCAAGAAACCAAGGCAUACCAGGGAGAUGUGCUAGAAGUUGAAUGAAAAGCCUCCAAGCAAGGAAUGGGGAAAUAGAGGUGGACAACAGCACUGGAGCCAAGGGGAAGCCAAUAUGGAAACCCACAAGGGGAAGAACAGACCCACGAACCAAAGGAAUUCAACAAGGAAGAGAUUAAAAGGUUGCGAUACUUCCUAAGUACUCUUGACAAGCCAUCAUCUUCAAAGAACGAACUUGGACAUUGAAUACAGGUCAAGCUAUUUGUUGAGAUCACACAAAGUGCAUUAACUACCUUUUAAUAGAAAGAUAAACCAUGACGGUAUUCUCAAGAUCCAUUUGUGUGUUUUGAAUAGGUAGCAAUGACCUAAGAUGUUGGACACUCCUAUUUGUUGAGACCACACAAAGUACAAUGUCAGACAUCUUAUCAUGAACUGAUACUUGUCACACUGUCAACAUGUGCCAGGCACCUAUUUAGACAUGCCUUAUUCUUUUGUACUUUGUUUAAAUUGGAACUUUUUGGUAGCAAGCAAAUAAGAGAAUAUGGAUUAUACAUACUGAUUCCUCUUCUUUCAUAGUUUUUAAUUUUAAGAACUCCAAAACCAGAAUUUUGACCUCUUUUUUCUGGUGAAUGGAGCGGAUGUAGAAUGUGAAAACCAAUUUUCACAAUAUUUGGUAUAAAUGUAAGUAUUCUGUAAUACAGAAAUGAAACAAAUUGUUUGUGCUUUCAAACUAGCUAUAUGUAUAGAAGCAGUGCCUAUAUAAUUAUCGUCUCCAAUUUCAUAAAUACAUAAGGAUCAAAGAGAAGGCAUGAAUAUGUAAUAUAGUUUUGUAUAACUACAAUUUGUGUGAAAUAUCUUAUGGGAUUAAUUUGGUCAACUCGACACAAAUGAAGUAAAAUGUAAAUGUUUAUGAAUUUGUUGGUAUCACAUUUUGUUUUGAUUCUAAAUUCUUUGAGUGAAAUCUCAGUUGCUAUUAUGUGAGUCUUAUGAAAGAAUCCAACUCUGAAGUCCAUCUACCUUAUGAAUAAAAUGUGUAAACACAGACAUGGGGACAGCUAUGGAUUUUUUCCUUGUGACUUCCUUUUCCUAUACUAAUUACUAUAACUCAAUAAUGAAGAGGAGCAUAUCAAAGCAGAAUGGAAGAACACUAAGCUUAAAAAUGGGUUCCAUAAAAAUGAAAUUGACUGUAUUAAGAUAAAAAUGUGGAGAUGGAGAGAGGAGAAAGAGAGUUACAGGGCAGUUGUCUAAUACAAUGAUUCCUUUUUGAGAAAAUUCCUUUAGGCUGUUGGUUUCAUAUAAAAUAUUAUUAUUGUUCAAAGGAGACAAGAAAUGGUUUCCAUAGGGGAGGGAAUGUCUUGUGGUAAUGGUAUGUUGAUGUUGGGAAAUAUUGUAACCGACUUAAGGAUAAGUCAUAGAAGGGGGAGGAAGAGAUUAUCAUGGAUGUAACAACAGUUUAAAUGGCUUCAAAUUCAUUUUAGUAUUUCUCACUUUACCUAUGAAUGUUAAUCUCCAUAAAAACUAAAAUGUGAAGCUAUUAGUGGGGAUAAAAAGUAAAUUUUGGAUUAAAUAAAGUUUUAUAGAGCUUCGCCAAAUCAUGAGAGCCAUAUGGGUUGCAUUUUAGUAUAGGAAAAUAUAUUUAUUUGUUGAUGCUUCCUUGCUGUCUGCAACUUUUUUUUUCCAAAAAUUACUGUGCCUUGGGUUCAUUUUGUGUUCAUAUCCAUGCUUCUUUAACAAUGAUUGCAUGAGAAUUAUCACCACUCUUGACAAUUCUACAGGUAGUAGCUCAUACAGGAGAAGAGAGUAGAACUGUAUUUGAAGGUAAUUCAUGGCCUCUGCCUCUAAGAAGGAUCUUUUGAUCAACCAUAUGACAUACUUUAACCUGAUCAGUAAAUGCUUGGAGCCAGGAAAUUUGGUCAGUGUCCAAGAUUGCCUCAGUCACUUGGCUUGAGUUAGGAAAACUGCGCUUCCCUCUUCUAGUAGCAGAUGGAGCUGCAGACAACGAGGUGAAUAUAACUUGGUGGAAGAGAGAAUCUUUCAUAAAAUUUUGGUAUGUCAAGCGGAGAUUAAUGCAGGAGAAUAUGUCAAUUAAUGGUAUGGCAAGAGGGUAUUGCAACUGUAGCCAGCAUUUUUCCCAGACAGACAGCGACAUUGAAUGAGAUUGAAGGCCAUGGACAAGUGAAAAGUGCAUUGAAUUAUAGAUCCAUUAUCACAAAGAAGAAAGAAGUAUUUUUAAAAUAAUGGGUGAUUGGGCUUUGGUUCAACUUGGUCUUUCAGUGGGUGUCCCUUGAGAAUGGUGUGGGCUGUCACUAUUUCAGUAAGCCAAGAUUAACCAUUCUGCACAUCUUCCGAGGUUGGUUAGUGUGAAAGUUGGUGCAUGAUUUGCCAUUGAUUUGUGGCCCGCCCUUGGCAAUGAACAUGGCUUGAAUUUAGAUUUGCGUGCCGUUGCCAUUGAUUUGUGGUCUUAUUUUUUUUCUUUUGUCUAUACCGGUUCCAAGGCAUAUAAGAUUUUAGAUUCAUAUUUUAGACUCUUAUUAUACGUCUCUAAUUGGGAUACUAUAUUCUCAUGUUUAAGAAUUUUUUACUAAGUUUUACAUGGUCUCUCUCUUUUGAUACAAGUUUUUUCCAUUUUGCA